AUGGUUUCUGUGAAGAAGUUGGAGGAGGAGCAGCAGAGGAGAGAGGACGCCGAAAAUAAGGUCCAGAUCCUGCAGGAGCAGCUGCAGACUAAGACCAAGGAGCUCCGGGAUGAGCAGACCAGGAGAAAAGAAGUUCAGAGGACAGAAGAGGAGCUGCAGAAAAACACGGCUGAGCUUGAGGGAAAACAGGCUGACACCAACAGAAAGCUCCUGCAGGAGACAAAGAAAAGGGAAAAAGCUGAGAGGGACGUGGAGAGCCUGAAGACUCAGCUGGAGUCCAACACAAAGCAGCUGGAGAAAACUGAGAGGAAGCUGCUGGAGACUGAAGAUCAACUGGACACAAAGACCACUGUCUGCACGAACCUGCAGAGAGAGCUCCAGGAUGAGAAGGACAGCAGGACAAAGUUUGACAAAAAAGUGGAGACCCAGAAGAGGGAGCUGCAGAAAAAUAUAUCAGAGUUCGAGAAGCAGCUCCAGGACGAGAAGAAGAAGAGGACGGAGUUUGAAAGAAACGUGGAGUCCUUGACGAAGGAGCUGCAGGACAAGAACAGAGAGUUAGAGAAGCGGCUCCAGCAGGAGACGGACAGCAGGAUAAAGUUUGAGGGAGAAGCAAAAACCUUAAAGGAAGAGCUGAAGAAAAAGACUUCAGAGCUGCAGAGCGAGAAGACAAAGUUAGAGGAUGAAGUGCAGAGUUUGAUGCAGAAGCUGCAGAACAAGAACAGAGAGCUCCAGGAUUUGAAGAACCAGAGGACGGCAGAGGUCGACUCGGAGCUCACGGUGGUUAUUCUUUUUAUCUAA